UUGCUUAUGUGCUUAUGUCGCCAUGUCGCGAUGUCGCUCCGUCGUUGUUAUCGGAAUGUAUCGCGGCGCGAUGUCCGCUAUAUCUGUCAUUUCAUAAGCUAAAGAUCCUAGCUCGAUGGAGAGGCGUUGUUCAGAAAAGAUAUCCGCUUCCUCGUCGAGACAAGAAAGGUGAUAACUAUCCGCCAUGCGACGAUUACGGAACUUGCAAGGGCCGUUCGGGGGAAGACUGUCCGUGACGCUACACAGGUAGACGCGUCCCCCCAUUACUAUCAUGAGCUCUCUGAGGAAAUCGACAAGUCGGUGCGACUCCGACGACGACCAGGGGGUCGAGUGGCUCUACGAGAUCCUGCGCGAGGUGCAGCUAGAGCAGUUCUUCAUGAAGGUCCGCGACGAUCUCCAAGUGACGCGUCCGCGACACUUCGACUUUGUCCAGCCCGAGGACCUGGAGAAGAUCGGGAUGGGCAAGCCCGCCGCGCGACGGCUCCUGGACACAGUCAAAAAGCACAGGGCGUCGCAGUGGAAGAAGAACCUUCUCAACAAGUUCCUGCCCGUGGGCGCAAAGUCCGCCGCGAAGGGCGGGGGCACCCCGACCUCGCACCUGUCACCGACCGCCGUCGGUAGCAACGGCCUGACUCCGGGCACCGCCGCGCUCACCUGUCUCAUCAGCGAGAAGGAUGUGACGCUGGCCAGCAAGCUCGGCGACGGCUCGUUCGGCGUCGUGGUCAAGGGCGAGUGGGACACCCCCGACGGCAGGGUGGUGCCCGUGGCCGUCAAGAUCCUCAAGGAGGACGCGCUGUCGCAGCCGGGCGCCUUCGACGACUUCAUGAAGGAGGUGAACGCCAUGCACCAGCUCCACCACACGAACCUGGUGCAGCUUUACGGCGUGGUGCUCUCCUCGCCGCUGAUGAUGGUCACCGAGCUGGCGUCGCUGGGCUCCCUGCGGGACUUCCUGCGCAAGCAGUGUCGGCACGUGCCGGUCUCGCGCCUCGUCGAGUACGCCGUGCAGAUCGCCAACGGCAUGGCCUUUCUGGAGUCGCGGCACUUCAUCCACCGGGACCUGGCCGCGAGGAACGUGCUGCUGGCCAGCGCCGACACGGUAAAGAUCGGAGACUUCGGCCUCAUGAGGGCCCUGCCCAGCCAUGAGGACUGCUACGUCAUGACGGAGCAGAAGAAGGUGCCCUUCCCGUGGUGCGCCCCUGAGAGCCUCAAGUCGCGGCACUUCUCACAUGCCAGCGACACGUGGAUGUUUGGAGUGACCCUGUGGGAGAUGUUCAGCUUUGGCCAGGAGCCCUGGGUGGGGCUCAACGGGGCCCAGAUCCUGCAGAAGAUCGACCAGCUCGGGGAGCGGCUGCCGGCCCCCGAGGCCUGCCCGCCCGACAUCUACCAGCUGAUGCUCCACUGCUGGGCGUACGCCCCCUCGGACCGGCCCACCUUCCUCGCCCUCAAGGACUUCCUGGCCGAGGCACGGCCGCCCACCCUCAGGGUACUGCAGCGCUGCCAGGAGGCCCCUCCGCGCCUGGAGCUAGAGGUGGGGGACCUGGUGGAGGUGGUGGACGGCCGCACAGAGAACUACUGGUGGAAGGGCCAGAGCCAGCGCACCUUCCGAGUGGGGGACUUCCCCCGCUGCGCCUGCGAGUCCCUGUGCCGCAGGAGCCCUCGGGACAUCAGCCGCCCUCUGCGCAACAGCUUCAUCCACACGGGCCACGGCGACGCCAGCGGCCGCACCUGGGGCAGCCCGGCCUUCAUCGACGACAUGUACCUGCGCAACCCGAUGGAGCCGCCCGACGUGCUGGGGCUGCCGCCGGAGCCGCCCGCCCUCUCUGCCCGCCUGCAGGAGCUUGCCCGCCGCUCCCAGCACCACAACCCCAUCGCCAAGAAGACCACCGUCAUCCGCCAGUACGGCUACAACCGCUUUGUCGACGAAAAGUGCGACCCGGAGGAGCGCGUCCGCCGCCCCCGCGACGCUCGCCCCUCUUCCGAUGUUGCCCGGUCGGAGAGGCCCCCAUCGGUGUUUGUGCCAAGCCCCGUGAAGGAGGGGGUGCUGAUCGACUUCACCAGUGACGUAGACACCACCCUGCAGCGGGCGCCGACGAGCGAUGGUCUCGGCGCCCCCGAGACUCCGAGGGAGUCGAUAGUGACAUACUACAACGUCUCCUCGACCACGGCGGAACGCUCCUACUGCAACGUCUCUUCCCUGGAGACGGUGCCGGGCUGCUGCGACGAGCGGACGGCAGACCGGUACUACUCGUUCGUGGCGGACGACGUCACCAGGGACUACGGGAACCUGACACGGGUCAGCAGCUGCCCCUCGCUCAGCGUGGACGACCUGCUCUCUUCCACACCCCCCGCCGCUGCUGCCCCGUCGCGGCAGACGACGGAGGCGUUCGACUGGCUCGACUGCAAGAUGGACCAGAUGCGGCUCGGCUCCGAGAACCGCGUCGACGGGCACACCACGCUGUCGCCGUCGAUGACGUCUCCGCGACCGUGCAAGAACCUCGACCGGCAUCCGAAGUUGGGGCAGUACACCCAGCACGGGUCGACGGACGUGCCGCUGCUGAGGCCUCCACCGCAGACAAAGAAGCAGACAGGGCAUCACUUCCCCAACGACAUCCGAGUGACCGGGGUCGACCUGCUGCAGCAGUCGCCGCCGCCGCCCGCGCCUGCGCUCGCUCAGGUGCGGCCCUUCCUGGUGAGCCCGGCUGUCGUGCCCCCCUGCUGGUCGUGCCGCGAGAAGGAGGAGGACAUUCUGGAGCCCGUGCUGCUGCCGGCCGUGCGGGACCCCCACGCGCUGGCCGUGGCCGCCCUGCGCGACCGCCUGCCUGGCACCAGUGACCGAGAGUGCCGGCAGGCCCUGGCAGCAGCCGGUGGCAACGUGGACUUGGCACUACACCACAUCCAGCUGGCGCACCUGCAGGUGCUGGGCAUCGCCGGCCGCGGAGAGUGCGAGGCCGCCCUCAGGGCCUUCAGCUGGGACGUCGACCAGGCCGCUUCACAUCUACUGGACACCCGGCCAUCCCAGUGAGGGUGGCGCCGCGCUCGCGGGGCACUUGGGGUGCCUCGGUGUUGCCAGACUGGCGGUCCUCCCAGAGUGGGGACGACUUUCUCGUCUGCUAGCGGAGCUGCCAUCUUGCCUCCCACUCACGUGUAGCCGUUAAUGCAGUCCUUCCAGAGUGGGGACAACUCUCUCGUCUGCUAGCGAAGCUGCCAUCUUGCCUCCCAAUCAUAUGUAGCCAUUUAUUCGGUCCUUCCAAAGUGGGGACAACUCUGUUGUCUGCAAGUGGAGCCGCCAUCUUGCCUCCCACUCAUAUGCAGCCAUUUAUUAGCUCCCCCCACAGUGGGGACAACUUAGUCGUGUCCUAGUCACUGACAAGGUGAGACUGGCAGGGAGGAGCUUCAGUUGUCAGUGUGAGCUGCGUGCCUUCACUAACACUUCAAAACCUCAUGCGCCUCGAAGGCACACAUGCAGCCAAAGCACAGUGGAGAGCAUUGAGCGGGUACUGGAGGCCGGACAUUCCAAACACAUGCCCUGCUGUUCUCAUUCUGUCAGUGAUUAAAGCAAAGCCGCCAAUGAUUUCCCUUUACACCACCCCUUGUUUCUCUGAAGGCACCCCCUUCAUUUGCAAUGACUCCUCUAUUCUCAAUGGGAGGGCCUCCCCUAAAAAUUUAGAC